AUGUCCACGCCUGUAAUCACCGUGGCGGCCGUCGGGGUUGCGAUCUCCGCUGCUAUCGCCUACCUGGCGCUGGCUCCGGACAAGACCCUCUUUGCACCCCACGUCCCCGGCAAAAACAACACCGUGCUCUUCCUCGUCAACAGCAACCAUGGAUACUCCAACGUGCACCUCGCCACGGCCCACGCCAUGAUGGAAAAGGACCCCACCGUCGCCAUCCACUUCGGCACCUUUGACAAGAUGCAGGACCGCGUAGCCCGCAUCAAUACCGUGGCCCGCGCGCGCGAUCCCGCCUCGCAUCCCGUGGCCUUCCACCUUCUGCCGAGCAUCGACUACCUGGACGCCCUGAAUGCCCGCGACAUCAUGACCCUCGACAACAUGAUCACCCCGCCGGGUCUCGCGGGCAACAAGCACUUUAGCGGUAAUUUCCGCUGGAUUUUCUCGCCCUGGACGGAUGAGGAUCACCUAGCCAUCUACAAGCGUUGCGCGGAACUCAUUGACGAGAUUGACCCUUCUCUCGUUGUGCUCGAUCCCAUGUUCCGCCCCGCCAUGGAGGCGGUGCAGGACCUGAACCGCAUGUACGCCGUUGUGUCACCCAACACACUCGAGGUAUUCAUCAUGGAACAGAAAUGGGGCAAGAUGUUCUGGAAAUAUCCAUCAAUCGCCUCUGGAUUUGACUACCCUCUCAAGUGGAGUCAGAUCCCCGCCAACAUCUUCGCCCACGCUCGUCUGGCGUACAACGUUCUCACGGUGCCCGGCGGCGCUGCUUCGAGGGCCUUUUUGCGCAAGAACGGCAUCAAAAACCCUCUGGACUUUAUCCACUCACAUCGCAUCGAUAGGCCGUGGAUAUGCCAAGCACAAGAUCCCGAGUUAACGGCGUGGGUCAAGCAGAAACCUACGGUUUUGAUCAAUCUGGGGAGUGUCUUCGUUUACGACGAGGGUAGGGCAAAGGCAAUGGCAAACGCGAUUGCCAACGUCUUGUCGCAGGUGGACAUUCAGGUGAUUUGGAAGUUCAAGAAGCUUCACACGUAUGGCGAUGAUUUCAAGAGUCCUCUUCAGUCGUUUAUCGAUACGGGGCGGGUCAAGCUCAUAGACUGGUUGGCGGUAGACCCUGCCGCGCUACUAGAGACGGGCGAUAUUAUGGCGCUCGUUCACCACGGCGGAUCAAACUGCUACCACGAGGCAAUGAGGUAA